CAGAACUUCAUUUCCUCAAACUCCUCAAAACUCUUGUUUUCCUUAAUUGCAGUUUCCUUAAAUUAUUUUCUCACUUUGACCACUCCGAUUCUUGUGAAUUUUCGUUCAAAAUUGGAUUUUGAUUUCUGGGAUCAUUUCUCCCUCCUAGUAAUUGCAGUUUUCAGCGCUGAGGAAGCCAUAAAAUUCAAAACUCUUCCCCAGCUUAUUGUGCUGCCUGCACAACAUGACCAAUAUUGCUUUCACUUUGACAAACUCAAAUUCUUGUGAAUAUUGAUUCAAAAUUUGAUUUUGAUUACUUGGGUCAAUUUUUCUGAAGAUGGCAUUGCAAUCUUUGGUUCUGGGUCAACCAGUUUUCAUCUUUGUUUCGAGGGUACAUAGAAUGCCGAUGAAAGCUUUGGCCAAAAACAGUGGAUACCCAUUUCCCUUGGUGGCAAAAUGUGUUGAACAACCAUGCAAUUUUGGUGGAGUUUCAUCGAUUUUAGGUAGUGGGAGUGAUUUCAAACCGUUUGGUAGAUGUGACAUGAGAUGUUUGGUUACAAGUGGUAAGGAUUUGAGUGGAACCAAAUCAAGCAAUGAUGUUUCUGAAGAGGACAUGAAAUUCCCGAAAUUUGUAGGGGAGUUAGUGAAGAAAGGGAUCGUUUUGGCGGCGACUGUUUGUGGGGUAUUAAUGUUUGGAUGUGAAAGAGCCUUUGCCAUGGAGGGUUUGGUGAGUGUGAUGGAACAGAGCAAAGUGUUUUUUAGGAAUGCUUGGCCUAAAGUGUUGCCAGUUCUUCAGAUAUUUAAGGAGCAAGGGGUGGUGUUGGCUGUACUUUUGGCACUUUCUGCUUUCUUCUCAAUGGCAGAGACUUCAAUUACUACACUUUGGCCUUGGAAGGUUCGUGAGUUAGCUAAUAACGACUCUGAAAAUGGUGUCUUCAAACUACUUCGAAGUGAUGUUACACGAUUCCUUACAACUAUACUAAUUGGCACAACUGUGGUUAAUAUUGCAGCCACGGCUCUGGUCACAGAAGCUGCAACUGCAGCAUUUGGUGAAGCUGGUGUUAGUGCAGCAACAGGAGUCAUGACUGUUGUAAUUUUACUUCUUACUGAAAUCACCCCAAAAAGUAUAGCAGUUCAUAAUGCCACAGAAGUUGCUCGUUUUGUGGUCAAGCCAGUGGCAUGGCUUUCAGUUGUACUGUAUCCUGUAGGAAGAGUUGUUACUUAUCUCUCAAUGGGAAUGCUGAAGCUGCUUGGAAUAAAGGGAAGAAGUGAGCCAUAUGUUACUGAAGAAGAGAUAAAAUUGAUGCUAAGAGGUGCAGAAUUAAGUGGGGCUAUAGAGGAGGAAGAACAGGAUAUGAUUGAAAAUGUGUUAGAGAUAAAAGAAACACAAGUAAGAGAGGUUAUGACGCCUCUUGUUGAUGUUGUUGCAAUUGAUGCAACUGCAAGUUUUGUAGAUUUUCAAAUAUUGUGGACUAAACAUCCGUACUCAAGAGUACCUGUUUUUGAGAAACGCAUUGAUAAUAUAAUUGGUAUCGCAUAUGCAAAGGAUCUACUGGAUUUUCUUCAGAAGGAUGUACCACUAGAUACAACUCCUGUUCAAGAUUUGUCUCACAUGCCUGUAUAUUUUGUGCCAGAUUCAAUGUCUAUCUGGGAUCUUCUAAGAGAGUUUAGGGUCAAGAAGGUCCACAUGGCUGUUAUUUGUAACGAGUAUGGUGGAACUGUUGGAAUUGUAACUCUGGAGGAUAUUGUUGAGGAAUUUGUUGGUGAAAUCUUUGAUGAAAAUGACUCAAAGGAAGAGAUUCAGAAAAAAACAGGCAACAUAGUAAUGCUAGAUGAGGGUAUAUUCGAUGUAGAUGCAAACACAUCUAUUGAUCAACUCUCAGAAGAUUUGAACAUCAAGAUGCCUGAGGAUCACCAAUAUGAGACAGUAUCUGGCUUCGUAUGUGAAAAUUUUGGCUACAUCCCCAAGAUAGGUGAGAUCAUAGAAGUAGCUCUUGAAAGAAAAAAUGAAGACGAUAACGAUGCCCCCAUUGCUGACCACCAGGAUCAGAAAGAGACUUUCAAACUUGAGAUACUAGCAGGAAACGCCAGAAAGGUGACCGCUGUUCAGUUUACACGGAUUAAUGGUGGUCAUGAAAUGUUGGAGAACAAAGAAGUAACUCGCAAGCUGCCAAAGUUGAUGAAAAGAAAAUGGAGCAGGAGAUGACACCAAGUUUGUAAGAAGUGCAUCUACAGAGAUUUCUAACGCAAUUAUUGUACCAAGUUGGUAGAAAUGCAUUUCCACAGGCACCAGAGAACAGCUUUUCUAAUUAUGCCAAAUUUGAAAGAUGAAAAAAGACGCAGAAAGUGAGAACCUGGAGUGAAAUCAAUGUGAUCAUCAAACUUGUAGAGCUUUCUGACGCUCAGUUUGCCAUAUUUGUAGCAACAGAGAAAUUGAAAAGAUUGAGUCAUACAUAAAACAUGAGAGUCAAUGUUGAAUAAAAGCAUUAGAACUUUACCAUA